AUGGGCAAAAUUUCUAAAUGGACGCCAAUAUCAAAUAAAAGAAUGACUAAAACCGUACAAAAUGCUGUGGAAACAAACAGGAGAAACGGGUUUGGCUUCCUGUUCUUGAGGUGUGGAAAUCUCCUUCAAGUGCUCAUCUUUCCUCCGAUGUUACAGAAACUUAAAGAUAGCAGAGACAGACAUAACAUCAAUGUUAACGUGAUCCUUCUGGAUUCUAUAUCCAGACCACAUUUUUACAGAAGUCUUUCGAGAACUGUGGACGUUCUCCGGAAGAUUUCACGUGAUCCUAGCUUCAAGGCCACCGCCCUAGACUUUGAGCUCUUCCAGAGUGUAGGUCAGCAAACAUUUGACAACUUGAGGCCGUUUUUUUCUGGAGUCAUACAAGGUAUGAAUAUGAAGCACGUUCUAUACAACUUUUUUAAAAUCUGCGCCUUACGUUCAAAUUGGCAAACCUUUACGAGAUCUCGUUACAACAUGUGUUCGCAAACCCAACUAAUUGAGGGUGUUUGUAUCCUAGAUGAUAACGUUGUGACUAACACCGCAAAAACCGUUAAGGCACCUUUAGGCGUGGAGGUACUGUACGGGACUUUCAAGAGAUGGGGCUAUCAGACCCUCUUCCAAGAGGACCUUUGCUGGUUUGACCGUUGGGGAGUGGUCUUGACAGAUCUUGAAAUAAGAAGAAAACCCAGUACGGACUCAGAAUUCAUAGAAAGGUAAAGUUUAAAAAAAAUGGGGUUUCUAAAGAGACUUGGUUAGCUUUCUAUCUCAAUGAAACUGGCCUUAAAGUCGAUUAUUUGAACGCUUCAGUGUCGUGGAAAUACUAUACUUUUGAUUUUGUAUAAUUAUCUCUUAGUGCCCAUGAUAAAUCUGUCGGCAAAGAUUUGACAAUUAAUGGUAGCUUUUUUUUUUUAAAGAAACCAUAAUUUGAUAGCAAAAAAUACCAAUAAUUUUCCAGGUGGAAAGAAUUCCAAGAGAUAAUAAAAAAGAAACUUAUCGAUAACUUUGGCUUGAUGCAUUUCUCCGGAACAGUACUGGAAAAGUAUAACGAAACAAACCAUUUUGAAACUCCUCCAAAAGUGUGCUUAAAUGGACAGUUCUUCAGUAAGUAUUUCAUGGAUUACCUACAAAUGGUGUACACUGCUAUCAACAAGGACUCUACGGCGAAACCGCUUAUUUCGUACAUGCAUUUCAACACUGGACACGAAUAUACCGGCAAACGGAUAAGAAACACGGACACCAAUUUAGCGGAGUUCAUCACCAACAUGGCGGCGUUACCUGACACUCUUACAAUGAUAUUUUCUGACCACGGUAAUAAAAACACUUAUUACAGUCAACACUCAGAGGAAGGAAGAAGAGAAGUGUUUGAUCCUGUUUUUUUCAUGGUUAUUCCCGAUGGCGUUGAAAAAAUACUGGGCAAGGAAAGGAUGACUGCCUUAGUUAAAAAUCAAAGACGCCUCUUUACAUUUCUCGAUGUACACCGUGCGCUUAUGAGUUUAAAGGACCCUGUUAAGAUGUUCUCCCGGAAUACUUCAUUGGCUGGUAUAUUUGCAGUCCUACCGGAAAAUCGCACAUGCGCAAACUUAAGCUUGAUGCCGCUGACCUUGUGCAAGUGCGAGGACUUUGACAGAUAUAAUUCGGUUAAAGAUAACUCAGACAGUCAUAAGUGGUUAGCGGAGUUCGCGCUUGGAACCUUAAACAAUGCCAUUCAAAAACAAUAUAUGGGAGGUAAGAAGGGUGUCGGAUAACUUGACUGGGUUCGCAGCUUUAAAGAAGUACUUUCCCUUUUUUUUCUCGUUUUCUCACGAUUUAAAGUCAUGAUCAAUUGUAGGCCAGGCCAUCAAUUGAAGAUCGCUACCUGAGCGAUAAGGUUCAGCCUAAGGGUUUAUUAAGUUACACUCCUAAGGUUACAAGUCAGUCUGAAGUUAAGAAAUCAUCAGAACAUCACUUUCGCGCAUCACAUAUAUACACUGUACUCAGCAUAUUUCUUGGUUUACCCACGAGUUCUCUACCGGCAGCUGGUAGGACAUUUGAUUGUCCUAUCGGAAAGUCUCACACUCAAAUCCUCUUUGGUGACCCACGUAUUUUCUUUUCCUAGGCUGCUAACAAAUAGUUCACGCCUUUUUUUUUUAAUCACCGCCCUGGUUCGACGAAAUAGAAUACGCCGUCAUUAUCGAUGUCUUUUUAAUGUUAAUUUUUAUUCUUCCUAAAGGUGAUGAUGGUGGGCAGUUAUUAUCGAUUCUAAAAGAGGGAUACGGAAAUUGCCAACGAUUGGUGGGAAAAUCGUUCACAAAUAUUGUGCAACGGGCCCAAGGAGAGUACAUCACCACCACAAUGAACAUUAACGUGAUCCCCCCACCCGGAUACAACGAGGACGAAGUUUUCAAGGUUUCUGUCAAACAGUAUGCUCAAGCGGAAGACAAAUUGUGGUUGACUAGCUUUGUGCGGGUGUCCAAGUACAGCAAGUUUGAAUCAUGCGCAGAUAAAUCGGUGGAUAUUAAACUCUGUGCAUGCGCCAAACAGGAAACCACUGAACCCAUAAACAGUGGACAAAAACGUGCGAAAGAGGUCCCGAACAAAAUGUUUGCCUCAACGACUAUUGUGAAAGAUCUGCACUCAGGCUGUCUCUUAUUCUUGAGACGAAAUCAUCGAACGUUUUCUCUUGCGCUGGAAGUAACGAAUGUGUGUUUUGAUCGAACCUACAAGUUUGAGCUAUCUGGCUCGUCCGGUGAAAGAGUGUAUUCUAUAAUCUUACCAAUUUAUCUCGAAUUAGCUCCGAAAACUUUUUACUUCUUGACCUCCGUUAAUAGGUACACUUCUAAAGACAAUUACCCUCUGAAUUUUUACGCAGAUAUAAAAGUUAAAUACGCCAAUUUCGACAAGUUUAAGGAUUUGGGAAAAAUCGACGUUUCAUGAAUCUAAAAAAAUUUUUGAUGUAAAUCAACAAAAUACUUGUUUUAAAUUGUUUUGUUAUUGUAGAAUAUAGUACUUCACAUCCUGAUUCUCUGUCAGACUUGGACCAGAGCAAUUUUGUUUGAUUCCUUGAUGGGUUACCGUCAGUCUUUUUAAGACUAAAGGAGUGAAAGUGAGAGAAAUGAUGAUGCCGAGGGAACUUGUACUUCCGCCUCCAUAAAUAAGUACUGAAACUGUUUUUGAGUUAUCUAUUACUUAAAUAUCUUUCAGAAUAAUGAGAAUUUUUACUAAACUGACUAAUUGGAAUUGAAGUCCGAUAAUUCCUUACUAACGAGUUGUCUUUUUGUCUCAGUAAAAUUUACCUGACCCCACUCUAGUUGUAUUGUAAUGACCCCCUCGUUGGCAGUUAAUUUCCUUUGGUCCCCCUUUAUACUCUUUUAGCGCGACUGAUUCCCCCUCCCUUCCCCACUUAAUGAAAAGUAUGUCAGUGAUCCCUCUGAAAAUUCUCCUCCUUUCCUCCCCUGCUCAGGCGACAAAUAAAAAACAAACUGUCCCCUUAUAUAUAACAGAAUGUGGCGGUUAGGUGCUAAGUCCGAUUUAAAUCAAAAGUGCGUUUUCUAGUAAUUUUUUUAAAUGUCAUUAUUUGCAAUUAAUCUCAAGUUAAAAAGCGGAACUUCUAAACAAAGGCACUCUUUUUUUUCUUUUAAAAAAAAAUACCUAGUACGACUCUGAUAGAUAAUAUUUUUGCUCAAUAUCCACAGUAACCACAUGGCUUCUGUGGAAAGAGUUUAUAGACCACCACUCGUAGAAUAUCCAAAGCUGACUGGCUAAUACUGAGUAGGGCCCAGAAUGUUCGUGAAUAGUCCAGAAUGUUCUGGGCUAAUAAAUACUCAGUGUCACUGGAGCUGUAGUCUUCCGGAACGAUCUCCUGCAGUAAUACGUACGCAAUCGCUAUAUUUAGAGUAGGAUUUGUCCCUUCUUAUCGCAGGUUCUAGAGACGUGUUGCGUAAUCAUCAGAAUCCUAGAAGACUUCUACACUUUGCUCAAUUUACUGGCUUGAAAGUGAAAGCUGUCAAUUCUGCGGUCAAUGUCACAAGGAUCUGAGUAGCUUCAGUUAUCGAAGUGGACAAGAAGGCACACUUGAGUAAUUUUUCUUUCCACAUGACAACAGUGUAGAUGUCAAGAUAUCAACAGGGUAGCUUUGAUCAGUUCACAGAAGGAAAGUGUAUGGCUACCGAGGAAACAAAGACGCCGGGAUUGCUUGCGACAGGUGGAGGAGAAGCUGAGAAUGGUACUGAAAUUAGAAAUAAGCAUUACAAUAUUAUAUGCAUGUGUUUUAUAUUCGCCAUUUGCUUUUUGUUGUACUUCCGCGGUGUGUCUGAAUACCACUUGCGUUUAGUUUUUAAGUGUAGUCCUUUAGUUCUGCAAAGCAAUUAUUGCUUUUCCUCCUUUACUGGCAAAACUUAAAUCGUACAAUAGCUAUUUAACGUUUAAAAUUUUGGAUGUCGUUGUGGACGCCUGCCAUCGUUAAGUGUUAAAUUUGUGCUGUUAAUUUCCAUUUAACCGGUUUUGCAGUUGACACUAAAGCUUUAGACAAAUCGUGAUGCUAGUUCAGUUGUCAACGUGUGGUUAACAUGCGAAAUAUUUGCAAUCCUCGAUACGAUCUGAUAAUAUAGAGAAAUAUCAACAAAGCAUAAAUUCAAAUAUGUUCCGCAGUGGUGGUUUUACUAGUGGGAAAAAUGAAUGGACAGAAGAAGAACGGAAAUUUACUUAGUCGUUUUUGAGUUUUAAAUAGCAGAAUUUUUCUUAAGGUCAGGAGAGAAGCAGCCCUAGUUUGACUUUUGAUCAAUUUGCUGUUCCUUCGAAUUCAUUGUGAAGAACAGAAUCGAGAUGAGCAGAUAAUCGACCGUAAAUAAGGUCACAAAAAUCUUGCUCUUCAGAUUGUUAUCGAGUCUGUUAAUUCAGACUUAAUGCGAAUUAAGGAAGCUGAACACAUGUUAAAUAGGAAUCCUCCAACUUCAUGCAAACCAGAAAUGGCGACAUAACGAUCACUUAAAAGAUAGACAAUUGAGUAUUAGGGCGAACUACAAACCAAUUAAAUGAGAGUCUAUUUUUGCCGAAUGACUUUCGUAUACGUCAUAUUAAAAUUACCAUAAUCGAAUGUUUCCGGUGUCAGGCUGCAGUGGUUGACUAUGACGCACAGAAAGCCCCAAAACAAGGAAACGAUUCAACCACGCGGCAAGAGUUGAUCGUCAUCCACGGACCGCAAUGCCUCAUGUAAUUAAUUGUUAAAACUAAAUGCAAUUGAAACAUUUAUUUAUACUAAAAAUCUAAUAUAUUUUUGAGCACACAGGAGACAUCAUCGACCUAAGGACCUCUGUGGUGACUGAACUGCAGCUUUCAGACAUAAGUGAUGACGUAGGUACUUGCUGGCGUGAGCUGGGACCAAAGCUUGAUAUCCCUUCAGCAAAGAUCCAAAACCUGGAUAACGAUUAUUACUGUAGUCGCGACAAAGCAAACGCCUUACUCCUCAUGUGGAAACAGAAAGAAGGGAGCAGUGCAGUGGCAGGGCGUCUAGCGGAUGCUUUAGCAAGCAUUGAGAAAAAAUGCAUAGCAGAAAAGCUUCUUGGUGAGUAGGUAUACCCGGUAAGAUGAGUGAGUGGCUUAUGAAGACUGCUUCUGUAAUGCGUAUACAACUGACAAGAUACCCAAUUUCUAAAUUUAUUUAAUGAAGAAAAAAACUAUCAUGAUGAAUAGCUAAAUUGCUACCUUGUUACACAACAAUGGGUUUUUCCGUGGUUUUCAAGUCUUAUCUUAACAAAAAAAGGGGUUUGGGUUAUUUCUCCCAAUACCCUUCCUCCUUGAGUGUGUUAAGGAUAUAUCUCCCCAUAACUUACGCAAAUUUAUUAUAAUUCAAUUGUGUUUACUUACUUUUACUUACCAUUAUCUCAACUCUACACCUACCGAUAAAUAAGAACGCGCUUACUCUAACAGGGAUUUUGCAAUUCUUGAUACAGCAAUUUUCAACUGAGUAUAGAAAGCAAUCCUGGAUCGCGUUGCUCUUGAUCACCUUUGCUCUUUGAUUGGCUAAGGAAACUCGCACUCAAACUCUAGACCAAUAAAACCAAGAGUAAAACUAAUCGCGACUUGAACAUUCAUGCACCUUUUCCCGCGCUUGAAGUAGCUUGUUUUUCAUUUUGAGAUUGUAUUGGAUACCUAUGCUAUCUGCUUUUGUCCUAAUUGGCAAUUAGUACAAGUUUUGUAGCUCAAUAAAUUAUCCAGCUACCCUAUUAUCCUCAUUGUGCGUACGUGUUAUCAUUGAAAAUUCCAACUAGGCUGUUUGGUGGCUAAAGUAAGAGAUUACAUCCUUGCAAGGAAAAAAAUAAUUUUCCUACGGCAAACAUUCUAAAUGGUGACAUUAGUUUACUGGUCUCCUUUGGUUUGCCUAGAGUACCAUCAACAUUCAUGAUCAGUUUGGCUGUUUAUUACUUGGAAAUAUCUUCUGACUUCUCAUAAUUUACUUUUACAACAUUUAUUAUCAGGAGUGGAUCAUGGAAAAUUGCCGAUGUGUAGAAACAUUCCCAAGGGUCACGUUAUCAGUUUAACAGUUAUUCAUGACCUGGGUGUGGGGCUUGAUAAGGUUAGUAGCUAACAACACGUUUUCUACCAUAACUACUGAAAGAUAUAAUUUUCACAAGAACCACAUACAUAUUUUGUUACCCGAAAGUUAUAAUCCACUUCCUCCAAGCUGAUGAGUGGUACGUCUGCCCUCGACUCCUCCAGAGCUAAUCGCUUUCGGUUUUUUUUUUGAAAAGUAUGAAAUCUAGAUCAGCAUUGGAUCAGAAUUAUUACUCAGACGGAUUUCCACCAGUUUGUAGACAUAUAUACAAUUUAUUAUCAAUUGCUUUUUAAAAGUAAAAUAUCAAACUUACCGUAGUUGAGCGAAAAUUUUCAUAAAACUAGUUCAUAUUUGUUUACAAUAAACUAUUUCUCCCUUUUUCUAGAGUUUGGUGUGCGAAGAUGCGCAAGGAAAUAAAUUCAUGGUAAAGGCAUUCAAUAGCAGUGGAAAUUUUUUAAAAUUGGAAGAGGUAACUUCUCCACUUUUCCCAUUUAUCCAAGGACCGGACCAGAAGCCUCCUCAAGUGUGUCAUUUUUUCUCUUGGUUUAUGGACUUUUCUGCCAGUUUCAAGGAACAUAUAUACAAGUCAGAAGCUUGCUCACCACUAUUACAACCAAAAGCAGUUCAAUCUCUUCCAUUCUCCUUAGGAGACGUCGGAUGAGUGUUAUUAGUGUAUAAUUUUUUAGCUCAUUUGCCGAACAUAAGUCCUUUCAAGGAGCUGUGGUUAAUGGUUAUGUUUAUGACACGAAAAACCAUAUAUUCUUCGAGACUCAAAUUCUUUUUUGUCUGAAAAUGUGUCAAACUUAGUUCAUGAGUUUGCUGGAAAGCUUACAGAAGGUCAUAGACAGAUCCAGAAUGAUGGUAUCCAAUUUCGCUGAAUAGUUAACAAAGGUAUACAUCAGGCUGUGUAUAAAAACAGUACAAAAUAAAAUAACCUUUUCAAAUUUCUAUUUGCAAAAUUCGUCAAAUUCAGACGCUGCGAUCCAAAUCUUUCUUCGCCUGCACAAACCAAAUUCUACUGUUUUCCAUCCCUAUGUCACGUUUUGUCUCAAAGUCGCUCAAGCAAUAUUUGCAUUAUAAUGCGAUGUUCACUUGACAUGCUUCUUUCGCUUGCAUCUGAUAACAACCUGAAAUUAUGGAUAAACGACAGUAAAUUUCGCGAGUUUUCUUUCGCCAGAAAAACACAUGAUUAUUUUCGCUAGCUUAAGUUUUGUUACUGACUGAUCCCGCCGCCAAUGCCCAUACAAGAUAAUUCAAUUUAAUACAUCAGCCAAUAAACCUAAUCUGUUCCCGUGGUUCUUGUUUUACAUCGGAUCGUAAACAAUCGAAGCGAUGUACAGUGCUGGGUUUGUGCUUGAACCCGAGAUUUUAUUUUCAAUCGAAAGGUGCCAUUUAAAGCAAUGAUGCUAUAAACUGUAACAAGCCUCUUUGUCGUUUAUGCGCGGUUACUUUUCCAUCGGGCUCGGGCAAGUUCGGGACGACUAGUUAACUAGAACGGUUCGCGAGUGAGUGACUCGUUUGCAUAUCGGAACCUCCACAAAAUCUUGUUUCUACCCUUCGCGUAAAACGAGUCAGAAAUGAUCAUUUGGAAAAAAUCACUCUGUGAUUUAGGGUAGAUCUCUGAAAAUGAUGUUGUGGUUUUGAUCAAAUGUUCCAUCCUCUUUACUUCAUUUGUUUUAGCAGACACUUUUGAGUAGGAGGUUCUUAGAGACUGUUGUUGACGAAAAGAAGGAAAGCCUAAAGCGACAUAUUUCAGCACAACUUCAGGACCAGAGGCUCCAAAUGAAGAAAGAGCAACCAGCUCGUGGAGAUGUAAAUAUGAGGAGGAAGAGGAUUCAACAAAUGAUGAAAGCGUGGAGCAAUCGCUUCUGUAAUGUGAGAAACAUCGCAACAUUUGUCUGAGGAUUUUUAAGGCUUUUAUUGAGCUGACUGCCGAGGUUGGACGCCUGGAAAUGAGGGCCAUUAUAAUACACUCAAUAUUUCAUCGUCGUUUGCAUACGGUUUAAAUUGCCCGAUUGCUUCUUUUGAGUGUUGUACCCCCGAAGAAUCCUUCGCCAUAUAACCGAGUGCAAACCAUUAAUUUGUUUUUAUUGAUCAAAGCAAUUUACUCUCAACAGGAUAGUCAUCGUGAAAUACGAAGGGCAGUCACUAAAUAUGAUAAGCUUUUAAAAUUCAGUGUUAUUUUCGUUUUGCAGAAACCCAGACAUUUUUCAGAAAGCGACCCACCAAAAGGGAUUGGAUCGAAGGUAUGAUAUAGUCGUUAUUAAAAUACAACCAUCAAUCGAAGAAAGUAAGAAAAAAUCUGAAAAAUUUGGGUUGUCUUUUCCUCAGGAAGAGAAGCACGGAAAUAACUUUUUUAUGACCUAACGACGCAAACUAUGCUAGAACUAGGAAGGAAAUUGAUUUGAACAUGAACAAUCUAUUAUUUAUCUCAGACAUUAAAGUUUAAAUUCAGGAUAUUAAGCUCGUGGAGGCGACUUUGUGUACUUACCUAACCCUAAGUAAUAUCAUUUAAUUUCAUAGGUAUUCAUAAAGCCUUGUCGUAAUCCAUGUAAAAUCUUCUUCUUCAUUUUGUUUGUUGUCAUCUCUUUAUAUUUUCUUGGUUGCACUAUGAUUAUUAUAUCUCCCUUAGAAGACAAGAAUGAAAAUAAAUUCUAACGAAGCUAAUGACUCUGUUUUUUUAUUACUUUGUUUUUAUCUCAUGGUUCAAGAAUCCCUUGUUGAGGUUGAGAUCGGGAGAUAAAGAAGCUUGCGUCCUCCUGUCAAUCUCAAAACCCUCCAGCGAUGAAGAAUAUCAAACCAAAGAUUCGGGAGCAGGAAAAAAACACAGAAGAACUCAUCAUUGUUUACAAAAAAAAAAUUGAUUAGCAUAAUCUCUUUUAGAAGACGCCCUCUGCGAAAGGCAAAUUUAAACAGACGAAUUUGCCUUUCUGGCUUUAGUUGUAUUUAGCCGAUCAGCUUUCAAUAUUUUCUUUGGAUAAUAGGAGUGUUCGAGGAUUCACGAUACCUCGAGAUAGAACUCUUGUCUAAUUUGAUGGUGAAGUGCUAUUUCUCGAUUAUCCAAUGCAAUUUCAUUUUGAGACAUUACAAGUGUCUCCAAUUAGCUCUAUUAGCGAAAAAGAAGAGGCAGAAUGCAAAAUUUCGCCAUAUUUGCUCCUUAGUAUAACUGUAGCCAGUUUGAAUGUAAGACGUAAUAGCGAACAUGAAUGGAUAUCGCACCUAUACAAAAAGGGAAAUUUGGAUGGUGAUUAGCGGACUGUGAUUAGUUAUAAUUUGACGGAAUAUCUCAGUGUAAGGGGGCCUUUUUCGGUGAGAAUCUUGAUCGCUUGUUAUUUUCCGAGUGGGAUCUGUUUCAACCCAGAUCAUGUCUUAAAGGCAUACAACUCUCUUGAGAUCGAUUUUGUUACUAUACAAUCAAGUAUCUCUCAUCCUGAUAUUGAGUCAGACGUGGUCCUGAGCAAUUUUGUUCAAUUCCUCGAUGGUUUUACCGUCAGUCUUUAAAGAUUUAAGGAGUGAAGGUGAGACAAACGAUGAUACCAAGGAAACUUGUACUUCCGCCUCGAUAAACAAGCAAUGAAACCGUUUUUGCGUUAUCUAUUGCUGAAAGAUCCUUCAUAGUAUUGACAGUUUUUUACAAAAUUGACCAGUUGGAUUUGGUGAGUCCUAUAAUUCCAUAAUCAGGGGCCAGAUAUUAUCUGUCAACUGGUCUCAGUAAAAUUAACCCGACCCCACCCUGGUAGUAUUCUGAUGAUCCUCCUCAUUGACAGUUGAUUUUCCAAAGUCCUCCCUUUAUACUCUGUUAGAGCGACUGAUACCCUCUCCCUUCCCCACUUGAUUAAAAGUGUGUGCCCCCCUCCGCUCAGGCGAUAAAUAAAUAGAGAAUAAUAACUGGGUACGCUUAGAUAUGGAAUUUCUCUUCGAGUGUUUAACUCGAUAACGCACGAGUGAGCGCCGCGAACAAGUGAGAUGUCGAGUUGAACACAAGAAGAAUAAGUCCAUAUCUACAAGCAACCAUGUAUUAUUUUGUUUAUCAUAUAAACACAACAGCCCUUUACUGACAAUGAAAAGUCAACUUUAUUAAGGAAUUAAAAUAAAAGGAUCGACAAUCCUGAAUAAAAAUCGUAAAGUGCGUUGGCGCUAAGACUCAACAUGAAAAAAUAUGUUGGAACACUACAAAACAAACCAUAGACAAUUUCCAAUAUACAAAAUUUUCAGUUAUUGACCUGGUUCUUACCGACAGAAGAAAUAUUUUAGAUACACGGCCAAAAUCGGCCUGUGAUAAAUCUCUCAGUUGUCAUUUUCACUCUCAGCCACGAGAAUGCUAUCACCAACUGAAAACCACUGAAAACGUAACGUUUGGUUUUUCUUUCCGUAUUUUGGUUUUCUUCCCUUUCUAGGCAAGUUUGAAAGUUACUGUUUGUAAGCGAUGAGGAUUUUUCAGUGUUUUGGCAGCCAUAAUCCGAAAAAAUUCUCUCAAACUACCUUGUAUUGAGAAUCGUGAAGGCUAUGCCAUUCAUUCAUCAACCUGACUAAGUGGCGCGAAAGGCGAGUGACGGGAGCUGAUUGGCGAUAUCAAACACGUGAAAAAAUAAGACAUUUUUACACGUGUGUUGUUACGGCUUUAACAGGGCGAGAAAUCCUUGAAUAAUAGCGUAGUUUAUGUGAUAAUUUCUUUUCCAUUAUUCAUAACAGAAUGUGGUGUCUUAAGUCCGAUUUGUAUCCAAGGAAAAGUGGGUUUUCCGAUGACUUCUUAACUCUUAUUAUUUACAUUUAGCCCCAAGUUAAAAAGCGGACCCUCUUACCCAAAUUCUAAAAAAAAAAAGAAAAACAUCUAGUACGACACCGGUAGAUGAUAUUUUUGCUCAUAUAUUGAAAGGAACCAUACGGCCUCUGUGACAAGAUUUUACAUAUUGCUGCUCACAGAAUAUCCAAGCUGACAGAAUGUUCGUGAGUUUACUGCAUGGGUCUGGACCUGCAUCCAUCCGGAACGACCUCGGUGCACCGAUAUUAAUUUAAGUAAUGUGAUUUUUCCCUUUUCAUCCCAAGACGUGGCUUUUCCGUGUUUUUUAAGUGAAAAGUCGUCCAAGUGAACGAGAGGCUACACAUAGUCAAACAAUUGAGUAAUAUUUAUGUCCUCGGAUAAACAUUGAAGCUGUAAUCAGUUCACAGAGGGAAGUAAAGUUUUAUUUAGGAAGCAAGUCCUAUGGCUACCGAAACGUCAACAUUGCCUGCGACAAGCGGAAGAGCAGCUGAGAAUUGUAUUGAAAUUAGAAGUAAGCUUUCAAAAUAUUAUAUGUACGUGGUAAAUAUAUGACUAUUUAGUUCAGUUCAGUCUCGGUAGCUUGUCAUAAUAUUACUUGUGUUCAGUUUUAAGUCUCAUCCUUUUGUUCUACAAUUGUACGUUUUUCUCUACAGGACAGGCAAAGCUUAAUCGAUCAUGUAACAGUAAUUUAACUUUCAAAUAUUUUUGGCAGUCUUCGCUGCAGGUGCUUGUCAUCUAAAAGUGGUUAAUCUGCGUUGUUUAAUUAUCAUAUAACCGCUAUUUUAAUUACCUCAUCGCUCUAUAUAUCUCGUGGUUUUAGUUUAGUUGUCCUCGUGUAAUUUGUAUGCGAGAUUGUUGCCGACUUGAUUUCAGCGUUGAUAAUCCAGAGCGAUAUUUACAAUGUAUAAGGUUAAGAUAUGUUCCGCUAUAAUGAUUUUAGCGUGGGAAAGAUAAAGGGAACGGAGCAAGAAUGGACAUGUUAGACGUCGAAUUGGCUCCGUUUACAUGCUGCUCCUUUUUUGAAGAUCAGGAUGGAAGCAGCAGCGGUUAGAAUUUUAACCAAUUUGCUGUUCCUUAUUUGUAAAGGACAGAAUCUCGAUGAGUAGAUUAUGACGUCAAUGGCACCAAAAAUAUAAGUUUGACAAUAAACCGCAUAUAAUAUUAUGGAGAUUUUGUAAUCUGUUCAUUCCAUCUUAAUGCGAAUGAAAUGGGUGCCAAACUUUUGUUAACUAGGAACACUCUGAUUACCUGCAAAACAGAAAUUCCAAUAAAAUAAUCACGUAUCAGAUUGAUGUUUGAGACUUUAGGCAUGAUGUUUUCGACGAACAACAAACAGGAAACUGAAAUUAUGCCUGUACACUUCAGGCCGUUAGCGUCAUCAAAUAAACGUUUGGCUUUUUUCCGCUAUGAUUUUUUGCUUGAAUCCAGGAUUUUAGAAAAAGUGAGUCAAAUCAUAAUUAAUUUUAGCCGAAUGACGGCGCCAUAUAUCCAUUAUCUUUGCUGCGUAUUUUUGUCAAGCUUCAGUGGUUGACCAUGGCAAUUGUAAGAUCUUGUUAUAAAUAUAACCAAAGACAUGCGUGACGUUUGAAAGAGUUUAAGCAAUAUUCAGAUAGCGGUUGAAGAUAUAUGAAAUGAAAAUCUGAUGUUACUAAUACUGAUGACGCUUCUGUAAACCAGAAGUAUCCGAAAUAAAAAAUCAGCUCCCCAAAAAAUGAACUCGACCGAAUAAAGGUCGAGAGUUAGAUUCCUUCAAGGCUGAAUAACUUAGUGUUAUUUCUUAGUAAAAUUAAUUUAGAAAUUGUUUAAAACUGGGUAGCGUGGUGUGACUCAAUGAUGCAAAGAUGACUGUCAAUUAAUUUGAAUACAGAGAAUCAUUUACUAACAAAGCCCUAAUGCAUCAUCACUCAAGUAACCUAUAUAUACCUGUUUGGCUGUUUAGAAUUAACCAUACUAAACAUAAGCCUAACCCCCCUUUAUGUUGUUACUGUCCAGUUAACACCAGAUACGUUUUCUACUCCAGGGCAAGAAGAAGACCUCACUAAAUUUCAACUAGGAUGAUUCUCGUAAUCCAUGCAAUGUUAAAAACUACACCCAAUUAAAACAUUAAAUUAGCUAAGAGUCUAAUAUCCCUUUGUGCACGCAAAAGACUUCAACAGCCAAAGGACCUCCGUGGUGACAGAACUGCAGAUUUCAGAUGUAAGUGAUGACGUAGGUACUUGCUGGCGUGAGCUGGGACCAAAGCUUGAUAUCCCUUCAGCAAAGAUCCAAAACCUGGAUAACGAUUACUGUUGUAGUCGCGACAAAGCAAACGCCUUACUCCUCAUGUGGCAACAGAAAGAAGGGAGCAGUGCAGUGGCAGGGCGUUUAGCGGAUGCUUUAGAAAGCAUUGGGAAAAAAUGCAUAGCAGAAAAGCUUCUUGGUAAGUAGGUAUAACUGGUAAGAUGAGUGAAUGGUCUACGUAUACAACUGACAAGCUGAAAGAAUAAACACACAAAGAAGUCAUAAAACAGUUGACAUUUUUAACGUAUAACGCAGUCGUGGAGCUUUCCGUAGUUUCCUUUUCUUGUCUUAACAUAAAGGCGGACUAGGAUAGUUCUCCCAAUACUCUCCCCCCCCCCCCCUUGAGGAGGAGGCUGCUCUCGUGAAUCAAAACGCUUUUACUCGUCCUUAUCUCAACACACCUAAUGAUCAAUCAGAGCGCGCCCAUUAUUUAAGGGAUUUUGUCAAUUCUUAAUAGAGUAAUUGACAACUUGGUGUAAAACGCGAUCCUGGAUUGCGUUGCUUCGCACCAAAUACUCUUUCAAGUGAUCAUCAAAUUCAAAACUAGAAUCAAAGGUAACUUGUAGACCUGCACUUCAAGUAUUUUGCUUGUUUAUGCUUAGUGCUCUCAUUGGCUCCUAACCAGUGACAUUUGCUUUUGUCCUAGUUGGCAUUUAGUACAACUUUGGGUUCGGUGUUACGAAAACCGUGAAUUGUCCAGCUAUUUUAUUAUUCGGAUUGUCUGCACUUAUAAGGGUUGCUUAGUUAAGAAAUUGCUUUCCUGGAAGGAAUAAAAAUCUUUCGCUGCAAAUAUUCUAAAUGGUGACAUUUAGUUUGCUGGUAUAGUUUGUUCCAUGGGUGGUAGGGAGGUUGUCCUGGUGGGGAACAUGAAGCAUUAAACUGAUCGACGCAGAACUCUGAACUUAUAAUAAUUUCCUAUCAACACACUAGGAGUGGAUUACGCGAAAAUGUUGAGGUGUGGAAACAUUCCUAAGGGUCACGUCAUUAGUUUAACAGUUAUUCAUGACCUGGGUGAAGAGCUUAAUAAGGUAAGUAGUUGACAAUACGCUUUCUACAAAAACUACUGAAAAGUUGAUGAUUAGCACGUCUGCCCCACACCUCGUGAACAAAAGGAUGAAACUGGACCAGCGGUAAACCAGAAAAAUCACUUAGAUGGAUUUUGUCAUUCUCUGGGCAUAGUUUUACUACCAAAUAAUCUCAAGUAAAAUAAUGAAAUUGCUUCGAAAUUGUUUGCAAUCAACUAUUUGUAUUUUUUUUAGCUUAUGGUGUGCGAAGAUGCACAGGGAAAUAAAUUCAUGGUUAAAGAAUUCAACAGCAGUGACAAUUUUUUGAAAUUGGAAGAGGUAACUUCUUUACUUAUCCCAUCUAUCCAAUUAGAAUUUUUCGAUGAGUAUUUAGAAAAAUGCACCCUGCGAUUCAAGGUUUAGCUUCGAAAAUUAUGUCAUAGUUUUUAUUGACCCAUUUGUCUUUCAUUUGCUUUAACAGACGCUUGUAAGCAAGGGAUUUUUAGAAACUGUUGUUUUAGCCAGACAGGAAAGUCUAAAGCGCUAUAUUUCAUCGGAGCUUCAGGACCUGAGACUCCAAAUGAAUAAAGAGCAACUGGCUUGUGGAAAUGUUGAUAAAACAGAUGGGAUUCAAGAUGCCUCUAAAGACAAAGCAGAGCCCACAAGCAGCUUAUUGAAUGAGGAAGCGGAUCCGUCAAACAAUGAAAGCGUGGGAAAAUUGCUACAGUCAUGUGAAGAACAUCGCAACUAUUUUCAGAGAAUGUUUGAAGCUCUUAUCAAGCUGACUGCUCAGGUUGGGCAACAAAGUGAAGAUAAUGUUAAUUGUAUUAAAAAACUUUUAGACUUUACUACGGAACUCCAGCAAGAAGAAACAGCACUUUUCUCCAAAAUAGAAUUAGUAGGUACUCAGAGCCAACUCAAGGACGAGCAGCACACAAAUCGUUUUGAGGAAUUACAUAAAUGGAAAACGCAUCAUGCAUUGCAAUUGAAGGAAGUCGAAAAACUGCUGUUAGGACUGCUUCAUCAAAUGACAACUGAGAGAAAGACGAAUUAUAAAGGGAGGCUGGUAAUUUCUAAUAGAGUAACAUUUUUCCACUUUAGUAUUGGUAAGAACUUGAUUUCGAGUGAAAUUUGGUGUUAAUAAACACGGGUAAAUUUUUCAAAGACAGCAAAAUUGCACGAGCCCGUAGGGCAAGUGCAAUUUGUAGUCUAAAAAAUUUACCCGUACUUACUAACACUACAUUUCACUUGAAAUCAUGUUAGCGAGUGAGCGCGCGCUAUUUUUAAUUUGCACUCACGUCACUACUUUGCACUCGUGUUACACGAGAAUGCACUCGUUUUCAGCCAAUCAGAAGCGCAAUAUUUUUCUAUGUACACAACUAAUUCCUUAAUAUCACAUGCAAAUUGUAAUUGGAUUGUCAAAAGCUCAGUGGAGGAAUUUUAUAAAACAAUUGAUGUAGAGGGAAGAGAGAAACCCAGGUUUUUACGUCCAAUUAACAUGGUAAAUGAAACUUUGUACGACAGACCAAGCGAGGGCCUUGGUAGACCAUGAUUGUUUGAAGUCUUAUGUCAGUCUAUAAGUUCCUAAUAAAAUUCUGCCUUAGAUUUUUGUUUUAUUGAACUCAAACGAGCAGGCAGAAUCUUAUCAUCAAUGAUCCUUAAAUCUUCUCCCCUUUUUGACUUUUCUGUUUGUGAUGUUCUCUCGUAUUUACAUUUGUUCCUCCUUUUUUCCAAAGCCCUCUCACCAGAAAACUGAACUAGAAGGCCGAUCAAAACCUCUGCCAGGAUACGGAAGGAAGGUAAGGGAAUUUGAUUUAAAUCUGAGAUUAUUAAAACACAGAUCACUUAACUGAAUCAAACUGCAGAUAUAAGUAAUUGACUAAGCCAAUAUUCUUGGUCAAUAUGAGCAGUUAUAAUGCGCUAUAUAUAUCCAUGUAUGCAAUCGAUUAAAGUUGUCAUUUUGUCUAUGUCGACAGUAGCUAAAUUUCUAUGUUCAGAUUUAAAUUUAUUUUUGUUUUGCAGAGUCCCAGACAUUAUUCAGAAGGCGACCUAUCAAAAGAGACUAAAACGAAGGUAUGAUGCAGUCUUUAUUCAAAUACCACCAUUAAACUAAAAACGUUAGAAAAAAAACGUUUGGGCUGUCUCCUCAAGAAGAGAAGCUUGAACAGAACUUUUCUAUGACCCAAAACGCAAACUUGGUCAGUAUUUGAAAGAAAGAUCUUAACAUGAACACGAGCAAUUGGUUAUUCAUUUUAGACAUCGAAGACGGUUUGCAUGACAUCGACGGCUUUGGGAGACGACCCUACGUACUUAUUAUUAUAAUUAAAAAUUAUCUCAUACACAAUUGUAAGAAUAAUAUUAUUACAUUGUCUCCUUCAUUGUGUUUGUUCUUUUCUUUUCUUUUUUCUUGAUUGCACUAUAAUAGAGUUAUCUCCCUCAGAAAACAAGAUUGAUAAUGAAUUCUUACAAACCUACUGACUCUUUUUUUUUUUGAUUAAUAUCAGCAUCUGGGCAACUGCCCACCUACCCCUCCCCUAACUCAACAACAGGUUAGGGGAGGGGCAGGUGGGCAGUUGCCCAGAUACUGAUAUUGAUCCUUUUUUUUUACUUUUUUUCUCCUCAUGUUUCAAGAAUCCCUUGUCUUGGCUGAGAUCAGGAGACAAAGAAGCUUGCGUCCUCCUGUCAAUCUCAAAACCAUCCAACGAUGAAGAACAUCAAACAAUAGAUUCGGGAGCAAGAGAUAACACAAAUAAAUUAAUGGCCUGACAUUGUUUACGAUGAAAAAGUUGUUUAGAAUAACCUCGUUUAAGGAAGCCCUCUUCGAUAUUGAAAGGAGCACACGAACAUCUUUCAUUUUGUUGAUCACACAUUUCAUUGUGACUCGAUUGUGCGAAAAUAUUUAAUAAAAAAUAUUUUUAUUUCAAACUGACACAAUUUAAGAAAAUAAGAAUCUACAGUAACUGAUUGUAGAAAGUCCUUGUUCGCCUUGUUAUAAAGGUGAAUUAGCUUUUUUGCCAAAAUUAUAGUUGCCAAGUUGAAUAUGAAAAAAAAUUCGUUAGCACUCUUUUGUUGAUCAGCUUCCAGUAUUUCCUUUAAAUUAUGGGAGUGUUUGAGGAUUCACAAUACAUGAAGAUAGAACUCUUGUAUACUUAGAUGGUGAUUUCUAUUUCUUAUCUUUCUUGGUUAUCAAUUACAUUUUGAUUCCAUUACGCGUUUCUCAAACUUGCUUUAUUAUAAUUACUAUCUUCACACUUGAACAAAGUUCAUAGAGGUAUGUGUGAACGCAAAUUCAAAUUUUUUCGUACUCUUAAAAUGAAAAAAAAGUGUUGUUCGUGUUCUCUCCUGAUUUCGAUUACAUAUUAUUACAACACCUCAGUAACCAUCAUAAAUCUGGUUUUAAAACAACUUGAUUCGCUCCUGUGAUUGAAGGGGCGACUUUAAUUUGAAGAUUUCAUCACUAACUGAUUUUCGCGUACAUGGAAGAAGAAGUGGUCAACUUAAAAAUUAAAUUAAUACAGCAAAGAAGGUUAUUGCACAUGUCAAUUUCAGUUGAAGUGACGGGCAAAUAUUAUACUUACAAUUUUAUGUUCUAUAUGCGACUAGUAAGCUUCGAUGUGCGAUCGGUGGUGACACUUGAAAUGUAAGUUGCGUAACGAACUUUUAGGUUUUUAAAUAACUAGUCACCUGAUCUGUUUUUGGCACGUAGCGCUAAGAUAAUUAAAUAUUCACAAGAAAAAAAAAUGACAAACGGCUUGAAAAAUGCAAAUCACAACUUCUUAUUGAAGUUUACAUCAUUGGCAGAAAAAACAUCGCAAGGGACUCGGAGAUGGAAAAAAGUUACAAGUUUGAUGCGAUCUUAGCUAAUUUUUACAUGUAGAGGUGAGCUGCCGCUCUACAAACAAUAUUAGCUUGUACAAUGAAGAUUUCAUGUCUUUUACACCACUUACUUUUUUUUCGGUUUUUGAUUUGUUUCCUAUUUAAGAUUUCAUUUUUCUGAAGUUAAUCAAUUUAAAAAAAAAAAUAGGAUAAUUUUGUGUGUGUCCAGAGCUCUUCGAUUGAUCAUAAAUCGGUGCUGAGGCGCUGCCGACCGAGAAGAUUGAUGGGCUCUGGGAAUGAGAAUGCUCUAAAAUAUUAAUGAAUUUUAAAACUUUGAUUUACUUUGUGUGAAGAGUGAAAGAUGAAAAUCCUGUGUUUUCUUGAAUAAGCGCUCUCGCGCGAAUAGGAGCCCUCCCCCGAAAAAGCCCCACCUCCUAGGCCAAAAUGUUAAUUAAGCGUCCCCCCCACGUAAGCGCCCCUCCCCCCCUCACUUUCUCAAAUUAGUAGGAAUACAAGGAAAAGUUGUUUUUGUUUUCAAUUUAUUUACAACGUUUUAAUUCUCAACUACAGCGGAAUCAAAUACAAAAACAUAGUUUCUUUUUGUUAACUUACUUCCAUUUAUUUCUAUCUCCACGUGCUUUAAGAGAUCCUUUAUAUGCAUUAUCUUUUUAUUUAAUUUUAGCCCUAUUACCGCGCUCUCGGUAAAUGCCGUAAGCUUCCCAGUCACAAUUCUUCGAGGACCGUUAGUUUGUACGAUUAUGAAGUUAUUGGGAUUUUUUUAAAGAAAACAGUUUACAAGGAAUAAAAACUCAAUCAAAAUGUGUGACCAACAAGCUUUUAAGUGUCAGCUCCAUGGACAUGGUUCACAUUGUAAGUUCCAAUGGCAUUGUCGCUAUACAAUUUUUCACAAAAUUGACCACUGAGCUGGUGUCGGUAAGUCCUAUAAUUUAGAAAGGUCAUCAUUUGUCUCUUUGUCACAAUUAAAUUCACCUGAUCUUUUGGCGACCACUUAUCCCCCUUCCGGUCCCCACUUGAUGAAAAUUCCUCUCACCCCUACCCUCCCUCCUGCCCAAUGUGACUGGUCCCUUACUAAUAAAAAAUGCGGCAUUUACGUUCUAAGUCCGAUUUAUGUCCAAAGAAAAAUGGGUUUUCUGAUCACUCAAGAGUCAUUAUUUGCACUUAAUCUUUGAUUAAAAGCGGUGACUUUUUCCAACAAUGACUAAGAAGAAAAUAUAACACGGCACUUAUAUAUGAUAUUUAGCUUAAGUUUGAGAGGAAAGGUACAGCUUUUGUGAGAAGAGUUUAUAGACCGCCACUUAUAGAAUAUCCAAAGCCGCCGACUGGCAAUAAUGCCUCUGGGCCCGCGUCUAAGAAGCUCGCGAUCGUUAUAUUUCGUACUAGCAUUUUUUCCUCUUUUCAUGGCAAGACGUGGCAUUUCGGUGUUUUUGUAAAUAUCAGAUUAACAUCCACGAGGGGUGAACCGCAGUAAUCUGCGAUAAUUAACCUGCAGAGCAGGCGUAAUUUUCGGGGGCAAGUGCUCAGUAUUAUCUUGGUAAAAACUUUUAGCUGUCAUAUUUGAUUUUACGGCAGCGCAAGGCUGGGGAGAGAAAAAAUUUGUACCAAGGGAGUGAGUGACGGGUAAAAAUAAGGAGAGGGAGGGAUGGGACUAUGAAUACUUCCGCCUUAUCCCGCCCCCUCCCCCCGCUGUCGACUCUCUAAAUCAUGCAUGGUCGGUACACACGAUCGAUUACACGAUCGAGCUAGAGCUUCUUAACGUUAACUCGCUCUAA